AUGAAAGUAGUCAAUGUUUUCUGCUUUCUCUUGGCCUUCCUCCUCACAAAUGCUCUUAAUGCCGCCUCUUCCAGCACCAACACCGAAUUGGCAAUUCUAAUGCCCACGGCACCACCAACGACCACGACGCGAGAUCCCUGGGAAUGCGCAACUGAAAACAUCACGAAUUAUUUCGAUGUCCCAACGGCGACUGGCGCACUAGAUACCGCUCUGAUAUCGUACGGGAGGUCUUUGUUCCAAACCUGUACAUUGACAGGACUCGACCGGACUGCUUGCCGAAAUCCAGACUCCUCAGCAUGGUGUGCAUUCGACACCGUCGCACCAUCAACCCUCCUAUCUGCAUACUCCUCAUACGCCAGCCUGGCGUCCUCGUGGUGGUCAAAUCACAAAUCUGGGGCACUUUCUCUCGCGAGUAACUGCCCCCAAAACUGGUACAGAACGGGUUCUCAAAAUCUGUUUGGCUUUGGCUCGUUGAAUGAUACUAUCAAUGUGGUUGGGUGCUAUGCUUCAGCACAUCCUACGUCUGGGUCAGCGACGGCGACACCAACGGGACCUAUUGCUACGCCUGGUUCGAAGGUGACUAUGAGUGGGCCGGCUCCGACGUCGACGAAAGGGGCAAACUCGGCUUUUGGGAGAGCGGGAAAUAUCGAUAUAUGGAUGGUUGCAGGUAGUGGGAUAGCCGUAGUUGCUGCAAACUAG